CCGGGCAUAGGCGGUGCUGCCUGCUUACCACCCAGCUAAACCUCACCGGCAGAAAUGAGUGCUACAGAGCCAGCAGGCAAUGGGGACAGCAAGAGAGAAUCAGCUGCACAACUGGGGUUUUGCCACAAGACCAAGGCCCUGGGAGACACAGGGGACUCCCUGUCCCCGAGCCUGGACUUCCAGUUCUGCCAAGGCGACCAGGUGCCCUCAACCUGCAAGCCACUUGCAGAUACAGAGGAUGCUCGUGGCUGUCUGUGUUCCUUGCCACUGGGAUCGGCCAGGUCGGCCCUGCUCGCCUGCCCCAACAACCUAGACAUAUACAAGUGCAUGCUGCAGCCAGCACCCCGGGACACACCCUCACAGGAGCUCAGAGAGGAGCCCUUGAGCAUGAAACACCAGGCACAGGAGCCACCGGCCAGUUCCAUGGAUGACAGGAAGCUCAUAGCCAAGUACCCAUCAUGCAACGACGAGACGGGAAGCUGGCUGGACAAAGCUGGCUUGGGCCCUGCUUGUCUGUCCUUUCCUCCUCUUUACAGCCCUUCUCCAAUCCCCUGGCUGAAGAGGAAGUGCCCUAGCCCCACUUCCACCCCCGUCACCAAGCAGCUCCCAUUCUGUCUCCCCCAGUUCUACCCUGGGCACCCACUGCUCCUGCCCCCGCCUUGCCUACUCCCCUAUGGGGCUCAGCCUUCUGUCCAAGGCCGCUACCUCUUCAUGGUGCCUCAAGGCACCAGCUAUCCUCCCAUGGCAGUGCCUAGCUUGCUGACGACGGCCAACGAACCUGGGUACCAUAGCUCACAGCAGGGCACUCUGUCUCCUUGCCUGCGAGUUUUUCAAACCUCUGGUCAAGCUCGACCCUCCAGGUCCCCCAAUCGAAGCUUCAGAGCAAGUCUGCCGACCUACUGCCCAGGGCUGGAGCAUGCUGGUGUGGCUUCUCUGGCCAAGCGGCUCCCUCUGAGCUCCCGGGCAGGCACUGCAGCCCUGCCUUACCCGCUGAAGAAAGAGAAUGGCAAGAUCCUGUACCAGUGCAACGUGUGCAGCAAGAGCUUCGGGCAGCUCUCCAACCUCAAGGUCCACCUGAGGGUGCACAGCGGGGAACGUCCAUUCCAGUGUGUCCUGUGCCUCAAGAGCUUCACCCAGCUCGCCCACCUGCAGAAGCACCACCUGGUGCACACAGGGGAGCGGCCCUACCAGUGUCCGAUGUGCCACAAACGCUUCAGCAGCUCCAGCAACCUCCAGGCCCACCUGCGCCUGCACACGGGGGUUCCACCUUCCCAGUGCAGCAUCUGGCCAGGUCCCUGCAGCCAACACGGUCACCUGAAGCUGCCCCGUCCACUGCACAUCCCAAGGGCUCACACCCCCCUGACCCGGGCCUCCAUGGCCCAGCUGGACCAGGGGUGCCAGGGAACUCUAGAUCUGGUGCCCAUGUCAUCGGAGAAGCAGAUGGGCUGAGAUGUGGACAGGAUGUCUUCUGCAUCUCCAAGAAGGCAAGAGCAGUGAAUGUGAGCCCUAGGACCAGGACAGCCCUGGAACGGGGUGGAGGGGCGGGGCGCAAGCAAUUAAAAGGUUUUCU